AUGGCUGAGAUCGCCAGCUCGCCCUCGAUUUCCACCCAGACGUGUAAGAAGUGCCAUGACUCCAUCUUCGAGGGACACGCGUACGAGUUGGGCGACGACCGCUGGCACAUCCAGUGCUUCAAGUGCUUCAAGUGCGACAAGGCGCUCGGCUGCAACCUGAACUUCUUGGUGCUCGGCAACGGCAGCUUGGUGUGUCUGUCGUGUUCGUACAACUGUAAGCAGUGCGGCAAGAAGAUCGACGACUUGGCCAUUCUUACCGGCGACAAGGCGUACUGUCUGACGUGCUUCAAGUGUCGCGUGUGUAAGCUGAAGAUCGAGGACUUGCGCUAUGCGCGUACGUCCAAGGGUCUCUUCUGUAUGGCGUGCCAUGAGGAUCUCUUGGCCAAAAAGAAGAAACACAAUCUCAAGAAGAAGCAGAAGGAACAGCUACUGCUGCUGCUGCGGCCGGCGGCCAUGCUGGCGCCCGAUUCGGCGCCGGGUGCUGGGUCCGGCAGCUCUUCUUCUCCAUCCAAUAUGCCCAGUCUCAGUCCGGCGCCAGACUUGCCUUCACUCGCCAAGCUCAACUCCUCGCUGUCGUCGGUGAACAAGUCGCUCCCGCCUCAUCCAUCGUCAUUGGGCUCUUUGCCUAGGAGCUCGUUGGCCAGCGCGCCUUCGCUCCACUCGCCUCACUCAUCCAUGCGCUCAUUUCAGGACUCUCCUGCUCCUGCUCCUGCUCCUCCCUCUGCACCUACUGUUGGGACGCCCUCGCUUAUGCCAUCCGCGCAGUCAAUCAUUUCUACGGCUUCGAGCGUAAAAAGCCCUCUGGGCUUGAACGAUGCCAUCUCCGUGGACUCCGCGGCCACGUACGACUCGCAUGGGUUGGAUUUGCCCCAGAAAGAGUCUCCAGACGAUGACUUCGAGAAUCAGAUCAACAUGCGCAAGGCUCGUGAACGCCUCGAACGGCGCUUCGAGCGCCUGGCCCUGUCAAACACGGUAGAGAAGGAGGGCACCAUUCUAGACUUAAUCGAAUCCUUUUCUGGACCAACGACCCCGACCACCGACAUCAGCAUGCGCGCCAGCAUGAAGCCUUUGUCCGAAACCACCAAUAUCGCCACCCCACUGGAUUUGUCUCUUCCAACGUCUGGUACGUCGCCAAAAAAGACUCUCGCAGACCCACAGACGACGCCCGGCAAAAACAUCAUGAUCAUCUCACCUAGUCAAUUCCAUGACAACGAGUUCCAUGUGGCUGAUCUGGUGGGUCAGCAAUUCUACGACAAAUCCAAUGAUGAUGCCGUCAGAACUCGUUCUUCAGUGUCUCUGCCCAUGGCAAAGGUCAAUCGCCAGGCUCGAGUUGUUGAGACCAGCGAGGAAGCGAGUGCCAAUGAGCAUAGGGAUACUGGCAAGUAUUUACUCCAGUCUGCAAUCACAACGCCGAAAAGGUCGACUAAUUUGCCUGGCCCUAUCACUUCUCCGCCACCUUUAUUGGCUCUUCCUCAAGUUCCAACAACUCCAGGUUCAAGGAACUACGGAUCGGCUGCUGCUGCUGAAAGGGCUCCUGCUGCUGAAAGGGCUGAUAAUUACGAGCCAAAAGGACUAGGUCUCAAAGGGAUGGAUCUUCUCAAAGCCACGCACACAGUGAAGGAGGCAACCCCAGCAGUUUCGAAUCUUGAAGAAACAAUUCCUGAUGAGGCAGAUGAAGACGAUGCAAACAAACCAAGCCGCUCAAAGAUCACUCGGAAGAUGUCCUUACGUCACAAGCGUUCGAUAUCCGGUGGCCUGACCACAGGUUCGCUCUCGAGUCGUCUUGGCUUUUUCAAGCAUAAGGAGGAGGAGAAAAAUGAUCGCGGCCAUGUCAGACAUGUGCUGGAAGGUUCUAUCAACGGACAAGCUUUCACUACUCCUCCAUUACCUUACUCGUCUCCUUUUAGAGAGAGUGUUUACCGAGAGCUACACAACAGAUCGAAUUCAGAGACCCAGUAUUUGAAUGACAAUGACUUCAAUUUGGAUAUUGCAUCUAUAAGGGCCGAGGUCGCUCAACUUGACAGCCGAAGGCAAACUCUUUUGGCGGACAACAUGCGGCUCAACUCAGACAGGACCAGACUCAAGGAAAACAUCGCUUCUUUGGAACAGAAGGUAAUUGCUGAGGCCGAAAAGCUUGAAGGUCUCAGAGUCGAGCAGUUGAGACUUCAAGCCGAAAAUGACGCAUUGAAGGAGCUGAAUAGGCAAUUAGAUGCCCUGGCGGCAUCUAAAACUCGAGAAAUGAGCAGCAAAUCGGAAAACUCGAGCAACUGGAGUGGUUCAAACUUGCAGCCCCAAUUGAGCAACCGUAUGAGUCAGUACUUCGAGGUUAACUCUGAUCAAAUUGACAACAUGAAUGCACUUGAUGCAGUCUCCGAGGAAGGUUCUGAGACGCAGAAAGCUACUAGGCUCAAGUUCUGGCGCCGACCCAAGGUAUCCGUCACUCCGUCCGGAUCUUCUGGAGCAGAUCAUUUGGCUGUUCCUACUACUAACGGCCCCAGGACCGGAAACUAUUCCAACAACAAGAUGAGCUCGUCAUAUUCAUCCAAUUCGAUCAAUACUUCUUCACACAACAUCAGUGACAGUUCAGAAAGCGGCAGUGCAUUCAAGUCACUCAACUCAUUCAUCACCAAAUCGCGGUCCACCAAUCUUCUUGAGUCCUUUGUUAACGGCCAAGGGGCAUCGUCUGGAGGCGACGCACCUUUAUUUUCCUCCACUAUUCAACGGCGUGCUAUUUACGAGGGUCAGAAAGUACCACUUAUUGUGAGCAAAUGUCUUGAAGAGGUCGAGAGCCGCGGAAUGGACGUCGAGGGUAUCUACCGUCUCAGUGGAGGAAACUCUGCUGUUGUGGCAAUUGAAAAUGCAUUUGGAGCAUUAAGCUCAAAUCCCGACCGCAAACAGCUCCAAAAAGCGUGCGACCUUCUCUCGGGCGACAUUAACGCAGUGACAAGCGCAUUGAAACGGUACCUCAGGAAGCUCCCCGACCCAUUGAUUCCUUAUGCAUUGUACUCUAGUUUCACCAAAGUCGGACAAACAAAGGGAGACACCGCUGAGCGGUGUCAAGAGCUCCAGACCCGUGUGAUCCUGCGUCUUCCCGCAGCCAACAAGCACACCUUGUAUCUCAUCGGCAAACACUUGGACAAGGUGAACUACUACAGUAGUGUGAACAGAAUGAACUUCAAGAACUUGUCGGUUGUGUUUGCGCCCACAAUCGCUCGAGACUCUACAGGUGAGAGAGAAAUCAUGGACAUGGGAGCACGGAACGAGGCCACGGAGCUUUUAUUCGCCAACUUCACGACUCUUUUUGCAAACUACACCGAUGAACCGGUCAAUUCAUAA